AUGUUAUAUCUAAUUUAUGUGGGUACUAUUAUGGAUGAUAAAUGUCCAGUCAGUGUUCAAUGGUUGAAAGAAAUCACAGAGGGUAUUCUCAUUGAUUUAGUUGUUAUGUCAUGUGCUUAUCCAGAUCUUUGCGAUCGUCGAUUAGAAAAAAAAAAUGAACAAUUCGAUAAUAAAUUACCAUUAUUUCAAUCAAAGUUAUCUCAUAUUUGUUCAAUGUUCAAGUUAGCUUUUCCUGACUCCAUUAUGAUUUGGGUACCACCACUUCCACAAAAAUUGUUAAAUGAUAAACAAACCAAUCAAUUGAAGAAACUGAUUCAGAUUUGCUAUGAUAUCGCAUGUGAUGAAUAUAAUUUUGAUUUUUUAAAACGUUAUCAAAAUUGGAUUGACUGUUAUAAACAGUUUUAUGUUAAAGAUGCAUUUUAUAUUUCAAAAAAUGGCGUCCGUGAACUUACAAUUGAACUAGGUGAAUUAAUGAAAAAAAAAUGGUCUCAUUAUAUUCAAAUGGACCCUCCGAAUAAACGCUUCAAAACUGAUAACGAUUUAUUAAAAAUUUAA